AUGGGAAAAUGCCUUACAAUUGUUAAAGUGGUGGGAGUAGGCUCUUUAGGUAUAUGUGCUGCGAACUACCUUUAUUCGGCAAAGUUGCUCAUCCCACGACUUCUAGGCAUUGAGGAUCUUGGCUCAAAGCGCAGUCGGUCACAAAUUACUGGAAUGAUCAUGAAGGCACGGACUAUAUUUUGGGGAUUGGGAAGCGUGGCCACAUAUUUAUUUUAUGAAGCAUUUAAGUGUUCUUCUGCUGCUGGUAAACAUCCUUACCUUAUAUAUUCCGCUAUUGCUGCACCUCUGGGUCUCUUGUUCAACUACUACUGGGUGUAUGACUCCGAGGCAAAGCUAUUAGAUUCAUGCGAUGAAUCAGAUUUCGUCUACAAGACAGUCAGCAAGCCUGAAAAGACCCAAAAGCCAGCUGAGGAGAAAUCAUCUCUUGAUGAUUCAGUUUACAGUGAUUUGGGUAAUGCUCCAGAGUUGCAGACGGAUGCUAAACCUACAGCCGAGCAAAACGUGAAGGUGCAAAAUGUGAAGGUGCCUCGUGUGAGAUUGUCGAAGGAUCAGACUAAGACAGAGUUGCAGAACUUGAAGAUAGGUUACCUCUACUCGGGUGUGAUCAUUGCUGUUGGAUUCCUCAUCUCAAGCAUAGGAUUCUCAGGCGAUAAGUACUGA